AUGGCGAUCCGAAUAUCCGCGAGUUUGGUGAAGGUAGACGUAUGCGUUACUCUUCAACAAAUAUUCAGACACGCUGAUUAUUAAAUAAUAGAAUAUAUUCAAGUCAACUAGAAUGUCUGGAUAUCUGUUAGUGUAAUUGUGGUGUGGAGAUGGGGAUAGCUCAAGUCGGUAGAGCAUCAGACUUUUAAUCUCAGAAAAAAAAAAAGACAUUGUCCUUUAGGACAAUAGUACGAGAGAGCUCUGUGUGUAUAAAAAGGUCCCUGGAGCUCUCGGAGGACGGCCAUCGUGGAGGUUUUAGUCCGACAUUACCUGGGUCUUCCCUUAAAAGACUCAGCUGUCUUAUGAAGAUUUCCUCCACUCAGUCAAUGAGUAUGGCUCUACGCGACUGGUACGCGAAUCGCGAGCUGCUCUUAACGGGAGUGGCCAGCGACGUAGGACGAGCAUUGCUCGAGAAGAUCCUUCGUUCGUUCCCCGACGUGAAGGUGUACGUGGUCCUCCGAUCCAAACACGGCUUCAGCAAGGAUGACAGAAUUAAGAAUAUCUUUCUGUCACCGCGGUUCGAGAGGCUCCGGCAAGAGGAUCCGAACGCGUUGUCUCGAGUGAGGGCGAUGGAGGGUAAUUUAUUAUACAGCGGGCUGGGAACAACGCGACCUGACAGGGAGCUACUGCAAAACGUGAGCGUGGUGUUACACGCGGCCGGCUCUUACCACGAAGUGUUCCGAUUGUACCAACAACUGCCGCGGCUUCAAGUCAUCGUGGCGGUCGCCAGCGUUUUCAACCACGAAGGACGAAUCGGCGAAUCGAUCUUGGAGAAAGAACAGGCGAUCAACGGGCCCGUGGCUUUGCUGCAGGUUCCACUGGUCGGACCAGCACUUCGCGAGCCUAUGCCCGGCUUUGUCGACGUCCUCAAAGGGCCGACAGCUUUGCUAGUUGGGGCAGGUUUCGUCCUUGGCAACUCGGAGCUCCAAGCGGAAAUCAUUCCGAUCGAUCUGACGGUCAACACCCUGAUCGCCGUUGCUUGGGAACGAGCCACCGCAAGAAACACACAAGGUGUAAUGGUGUACAACGCGGCCCCGAUAAAUUGCACGUGGGGCGAGCUGAUUAAAAAAGGUCGGCGGGGCAAUCGGAAGUUUGCAUACCCGACGUUCGGCAUCCGUGGGAUGACGUCUAUGAUAACGCUGUAUUGGACUGUGGUGCUGCUUCUCGAAUGGUUGCCAUCCGCACUCUGCGACACGGUUCUUGGACUGGUAGGAGCGAAGAAAAGGUUUCUCGAGGAACAUUGGAGAGUUCGUAAUGCACUCCGAUCCGUUGAGUCGAUUUCAUCGAGACGGUGGUCAGUGGAGAGGAAUCGCGUGUACCUGCUUCAGCAACGUCUCACCGCGGAAGACCAAGAUACAUUCCCGGUUUCCACGGAAAUCGACGUCGAGAGCUACGUUUUGUGCACGGCCGCCGCCGCCAAGAAGUAUUGCGUGGACGAGGGCAAUAUCAGGCUCGUAAAAAUCUUCCGGCUGCUUUUCUUCUUUCUUAUCGCGGCGGCUCUCCUCUGCACGUUCUUCUUCAACAGAUAUCACGUGCUCACGAAACACGCUGAAGUUUGAACAAGCACGGCCCGGACUUUACUCGUGACAGAACACCUCAUUUGCAUAGAGCCGAGAUGUAGAUAGGAUUUACCCGCCUGGUUCGAAGAUUACGAUAAUAUAUCCGUAACGUGGGAUUGCAACGGCGCGGAAUCAUUUUACACACUCAUUCUCAGUUCGUCUUUCAAAUUCAUACACCUGAUAUUCGAACUGCCUGUUAAUCGGAAUUAUUAUCAGAAAGAUCCUAAUUUUCUAAUUUUAAAUCUUAAUUUUACGACGACCGGGGGAGAAGCAUUUGAUACGUCUUGCGAUAAAAAAAAAAAGGCUUGAAAUAUAUUCAACCUUCUUACUAGCCCAGGAAUCGAUUUCGAAUUCUUGCAUAAAUACCUUGAUCCGACACUUCAGUUUUUUCGUAACGACGUCCUACUUUUACAAACUGAGUUUUUAUAGCAGAAAAUGGUAUCCCACGGCAUGUAGCAAUGCGUAUAUUUUGUGUCACAUUCUUACGAUAAUGUUUUGUAAUUCCAGAUAAUACGUGGGAAGGUAAAAGCAAAAGUGUCAGAAGUUGCUGGAUUUUAGACGUGAAAGUUAAUAACGCGUGUGUACGCCUUAUUUCAUUCUACUUAUAAGAUAUAUAUAUAUAUAUA